GCAAUAUUCAAUAUAUGGUUGCCUUAACACUAAUCAAAAGGUCCAAAAUAUAAAACAAAUAACUUAAAAGGUACUUUCUUUGCAUUCUCCAUUAAUUCAAGAAUCAACAUAGAAGAUCUGGGAGAUCCUCUUUUCUUGUAUGGCUAUGGCUGUAGAAGCCAAGUUUCAUGUCUUGGCUGUUGAUGAUAGUGCAAUUGACAGAAAGUUGAUUGAGAGACUCCUUAAAACAUCUUCAUAUCAAGUUACUGUUGUAGAUUCUGGGACUAAGGCAUUAGAGUUUCUGGGUUUGAUUGAAGAUGAACAGAGAGAUGCAGAGGUUCCCUCUGUUUCCCCAAAAAAGCUUAACCAGGCUUUAGAAGUAAAUCUGAUAACUACAGAUUACUCAAUGCCUGGAAUGACAGGCUAUGAUCUACUAAGAAAGAUCAAGGAAUCAAAAUCUCUUAAAGAUAUACCAAUUGUUAUAGUGUCAUCAGAGAAUAUACCUUCAAGAAUCAACAGAUGCUUGGAGGAAGGUGCAGAAGAGUUCUUUUUGAAACCAGUUCAGGUGGCAGAUGUCAACAAGCUUAGACCCCAUAUGGUGAGGGGGUAAAGCAAAGGAAAACCCUUUCAAACAAUCUGGGAGUUGGAAAUCUCUUUUAGCCAGUGAUCUCAUUGGUGAUGAUAAAGAAGUUAAAGCCUUGGAAAAUCAGUUUGAUUCGUUUUAUCCUGGAUGAGUCUGCUGCAAGAAUGAUAUUGGAAAACCACAUCAGCAAGUUUGCAAGAAAUCGAUCAAUCAUCGCGUAGUUUUGUCAUUGACAGCUCAUGUCAUAAUCUUGGCGGCCUUCUUUAGAGGGGUUAAUUGGCCAGUUGCUUUGGCAAAGCCCAAAUAUCAAGAUGUUAACAUGGAGAGCAGUUCAUAAUUCACUAUCUUCCAAACAGAAUUUGGUGCAUAAAAAGAUUCUUCAUAAUCCUUAAUUUGCAGUGAGGUUGAAGAAACAAUAGAUCAUAUAUAUCACUUCACUGCCUAUGGACUCAAAAAGCAUGGUUUUGCAGCCUUUGCAUGAUAACAGAUCAAGUUCAAUAACUCCAAGCUUUGGGAUUGGUUGGAGAAUAUGGUAGAAAAUGUUUUUCAAAGAGAGGAGAUUGACCAUGAACCUCACCAAAGCUUGUUGGACUAAUGUACUGGUUUACUGGGAAGAGUAGAAGGGUUUGCAAUGCAGUUGUCUGCCAUGCAAUUCUUCCAACAUUCUUUUAUACUGCCAAGUAUAAAAUGCUUUUUAUCGUCAAAAUGGCAUAUUCAUUUGCCUUCAGAUCGGCUAGUUUAGUAUACCGCAGUAAAUGAGAGGUGAAAUCAAGAUAGGUCAAGAAAAAUGUACAUCAAGUAUACCAUGAAAGUAACUAGAAAUGGAAGCCACCUGGCUAAUAAAGAGCAAAUCAAAAUUAAUAAAUCAGCCACUGGUGAAGUUGUUUGGGAAGGAAGGCAUAGUGAUUUUUGCUCUUGCAGUCUUACAUAUAACUCUUUCUAAUAGUCAAGGAUUUGCCAUAGAUACAAAUUACAAUUGGCAAAAACAGAAAUCCUACAGAGAUAUACAGAGCAUAAAGUAUUUCUUUGGCCUGAACAACACAAGUUUGCUCUAUCCACUAGGCAGCGUUUGCCUUCUGAUGUAUCACUUUAGCUUGGUUUAAAUAAAAGUUCAUUUAGAUUAUUUUGACAAUUCAUUCUCUUUUUCCUGUUUUAGUGUUGAAACUAUUUCAUUAUUGUUUCAUUGAUCCUUUAGGUUAAGAUAUAAAGCAACUAAUACCGGUGGCCGUUGGCAUUUUCAUUGAAGUUAAAGAGGUACACAAAAUAAGA